AAAGCUGUGCUUUCGUAGAAUAAAGUAGCUCUUAUCCUUCAAGUCAUAAGUUCUGUCAACAUGGCUGAUCACCCUGUUGCUAUAGUCACUGGCGGUGCUCAGGGAAUUGGAGCUGCUAUUGUGAAAGCCUUGCUUCAUAAAGGCUAUCGAGUAUGCAUUGCGGAUCUUCAAGAAAUGAAAGGGAAGCAAUUUGCUGAGAGUCUUAAUAAUGAAUUUGGUGCGAAUAAAGCCAUAUUUAUAUUAUGCGAUGUAACGAAAGAAGAGGACAUAGAAAGAGUUUUUGAGCAUACGAAAAAUAAGUUCCAGCGUGUGGACGUUUUGGUUAACAAUGCUGGAAUUGGUGAACACGAAAAUCCAAGAAAAGUAAUCGAAGUAAACGUGAUGGGUCCGAUUUUUGGUUGCCGACUAGCUUUGAAACAUAUGGGUACAUCAAAUGGAGGAAAAGGAGGAGUUGUUAUCAACACAGCAUCUGUAUCAGGAUUUCUACCUAAUGAAGCCUUACCAAGCUACACUGCCUCUAAACAUGCUGUGAUUGGUUUGACGAGGUGUUACGGGCUUCCUUCUCAUCUAUCCAGAGAUGGCAUCAUUUUUAGCGCCAUCUGUCCUCAUUUUUGUGACACAGACAUUCUGAAUCCUGCUAGAACUAAUCCCAUUGAAGGACUAGACAUCGAAUUUAUCAAAAAACAUUUGAUGACGCCGGAGUACGUGGCACAAGGUGUUUUAAAGAUAUUAGAGGAUAGGAUCAACGGCUCAACACUUGUCAUCACCAAGGAUGGAUAUCAAUACGUUGGGGUACAAGAAGAAAGAUUAAAUUCAUUUGUGUCUGAGCUUUUGAAACAGCGGCACGUGUUUUUUCUUAUUGAGAGAUAUUCAAAACAAUUUGGAGGAAUGUCAGAAUCACCUGUAGCUAUAGUGACCGGUGGGGCCCAGGGCCUUGGAGCAGCAAUUAGUACAGCACUAGUGCAAAAUGGCUAUCGAGUUUGUGUGUCGGACAUCAACAAAACGAAGUGCGAUGAUUUUGUGACGAAAUUACAGAGCCAGUUUGGUAAGGAAAAAGCAAUUUCUGUGGGUGGUAACGUUGUCAAUGAAGCCGACGUAAAGAAUCUCUUUGAAGUAACUCUUCGAUAUUUUAAUCAUGUGGAUCUAUUGGUAAAUAAUGCGGGCAUUAUUUGUGAACAAGACCCACGGAAAGUUUUGGAUGUGAACGUGAUUGGUGUUGUGAAUGGUAUAAACAUUGCGCUUCAAUAUAUGGGCAAAAGCAAUGGUGGAAAGGGUGGAAUCGUCAUCAACACAGCUUCAAUCGUUGGUUUGAUACCAUAUCCUGCUCUUCCUAUUUAUGUGGCUUCAAAACAUGCCGUCGUUGGAUUAACAAGAAGUUAUGGGUUGCCUCACCACUUCGAAAAAGAUGGAGUGCUGUUUGCCGCACUCUGCCCUUCGUUCGUUAACACAGACAUCUUGGAUGACAUCAGGACGAAAUCUUUAAUUCAAGGACUGGACGUCACGCAAAAGCCGGAAGUCAUGAGCCCUGAGUUCGUUGCUCAAGGGGUCAUCAAGCUGCUGGAAGACAAGAUCAAUGGAUCUACCCUGGUGGCGGAAAAAAAUAGUUUUAAAUACGUCGGCCUUCCUGAGGGCAUGGAAGUUCUGGAGUGAAGUAUUUUCUAAAUGCUUAUUUUAUAACAAUAAAAUAUCAA